AUGGCCGAAAGUGAUUUCUCGGAAGAUGCCAAUGUGGUCGUUAUUCCAGUAGACGAUAGUCUCAGUGAUGGCAAGAAAGAAACAUGGCCCCUCAAUGACCCCAAGUACAAAUAUCGUGCUGUCGACGAUACCAAAUGGAGAGAAGCUCUCGCCGAGAUGUGGAUCGAAGACACCGGCGCCAAAGAAGAGGGUGUCGCAUACAUACUUGAAAAGCUCCCCGAAGGGUACCGUAUCUUCGACCGGCCUCGAGGAACAGAUCAUACAACUCGUGAUGCCUUUCUGUUUGGUCAUCCCAGCGGAUCUUAUUUCCAGUCACGAGCAACCUUCAUCGUUCACUUUCGAUGGUUGAUGUCUGAAAGAAUUAACCCCUGCAAAUGCAAACUUUGCAUCAAACCACCGAAAUCUUUGAAACCCGCGAAACCUGCAAAAAUACAGCCAGUGGCAGCAUACCAAGCAGUCUCCUCUAGACUGUCAACGGGCGGAUUUAAGCAACCACGGAUUCGUCGAACCAGAGCCGAACUCGCGGCAGGACUCAGCCCUGAAGAGGCCAUGGCCAAACGCGCAGCCCCUCCAAAAGAUGCUGAUAGGAACAGUUUCAUCCUUGGGCCUAACGGCGCAGAGGGCCCAGAUUAUUGGCGAGCAUGGAUCCUACAGCUGAAGAAUCAGUUCCCCGAUCCCGUGGAGAUCGAGGUAAACCAACCGCUCAAUAAGAACUGGGUGUUUGGCAAAGACCUCCUGGACAGCUGUUUUCUCCAACUCGGCCUAGAUGCUACUUUCACUCCACGCAGGGGUGAAACCGUCCUCUGGACUCGCGAGAUGGACGGGACACUGGAGUGGAACCGGGAGACGCGGACUUACCAAGUCCUCGGGUAUGAUGGUACCUGGAAGGGUACACCCCAGUGGCAAGCUGGAAUUAUCACCCAAACCCCUGUCUCUGACGACAAGGUGAUCUACCCAGCAGACAUCCGUGACCUUACUUCCGAGGACAGCCUCGCCAACGUGACCAACACCGGUUUCCGUGUCGAGUGUGUUCCCGACCCAAUCGCCGAUGACAAGAGCUUCUCAAAGCAUGCAAGCUAUGUUCCCCUGAAAUGCAUCAAGCCGAUGAAUUCCUGGGAGAUAUUCCUGGACAAGGUCCCGCGCGAGAAGUGGCACCCGACAGUGGAAUUCGCCCUCACAACCACUAGCUCCUUUAGCUUGCUGCAUCACCAGUGGUUCCGAGGCACCUGGCCAAACGCUCGCGUCCAUUCGAAGGGAGUUUGGGUGGGCCACGAACUGCUCGCUGUUAAAGAUACGAUCCGACUCAAGCCUUUCCGGUUGACAAUCGAAGACCUAGAGGACCACGACAAAGCCAACACGGCCUCCCACAAAGUCACCGAUGUGAUGACUAUCAAGGACAUAUGGCUUGAAUGGACAGAUUGCAUCGACGACCCAGACAGAGAAGCCUACGCAAAGAUGGCCACAGUCUGGAUUCAGGGCCAAGUCUACACCCUAGACAAGGACCGUCUGAGUCGCCCCAGUCCAUUCGGAGACAGCCCCCUGGAGAAACUCACCGACCACGAGGUGGACUCUACAUUCAACCAAGUGGGCAUGUCGGAAUACGGCGACUGGUACCGCAUGAAUGGCGGUACGACCUGCCAGAUCACACCUGGCUCAGUUCUAGGUCGAUGCUAUGAGCCCGUGCCAACCAAGCUCCACUUCGGAUCUUUCGACCUGGACUAUGAUCUCCAAAGUGUUCUCAAGGCUCGUCGGUACAGCUCGCAGGUAGACAACCGCAUUCCUGAGGGCCAUAUCUGGUUCUUUGGAGAUAACCGUGUGGAGACGCUUGGCCUGGCAGAGCUGAACGGGAUCGAAGUCGGACCUGCGGCCGAAUUGCACCGGCAACCUCAUAGAUGGGUUUCAAUCUUGAAGAUAAACGAGGGCAUACACAGCCCAAGCGAUGUUAGGAUGGCUGAUCUCGGCGAGACUGGCAAAAAGAGAGGACGACCACCCAAGACAUUCGAGGAAAUUGGCAAAACCAGCCGUCUGGUUAGUAGCGGGUUAGGUCUGCAGCCCGAUUCCUCUGUUGAGGACGAAGACGUCGAACUCGAAUCCAACAGCGAAGAAGGGCUUGAUAAGGCAGAGUUGACCAAAUCGAUUCCUUACAAAAACCUCUCGUCAUCUGAGUCAGACGAUAAGAUAGAAUCUGGUUUCGCAGCGGGUAUCCAGGUAGUCAUCGAUGAGGAUAAUGAUGAGGAUUACACCGACGAGGAGUAA